AGAGAAGUGUCAAGAAGUGAGUCAGACUUAGUCAAAUGACAGGCUAACCCCUGACAGUCAUCACCCAGGGAUAAAAACAAAAAACGAUUUUUUUGAGGCGCCUGCAGAGAAAACACGCAAAGCCACAGCGGAGUGAUUCCGUGCAGAGAGCUGUCACGACUGCGGGUUUACUCUUCUCAAAAAGUUGAUUUCCUUCUUAAACCACGUGGACAAGACACCAGGGUUCAUGUGUGACAUAUACAGCCUGGACUCUCAUUGCGUUUCUCCACAAUGCAAUAUGAGUUGGGCGAUGGAGCCUGCUAACUUCUACGAGAACUCCAAGCUGGGCUACCCGCAGCAGGGACUCCUCAAGCCGGGCAGCAGGAGCGACGCUCCGGGUGAGGACGGUACCAUGGUGGAGCUGAGCACCGCCCCUGCGAUGUACGACGACGAGAGCGCCAUCGACUUUAGUCAGUACAUAGAGUCGAUGACAGCCGUGCCAAACUUAGAGCUGUGCAACGACGAGCUGUUCCUCGACCUGUUCAACACUGUGAAGCAGGAGAAAGGUGAUUUCUACAACCUGCAGAGCCCCGCGCUGCAAGGAGGCAUGCAGCAGCAGCAGCAGCAGAUGUCAGCCGCAUACACAGCGGAGAGGAAGGCGGACAGUGGGGUGGAUAAAGGGCUCUUCAGUGCACCCAUCAAACAGGAAUCCGACUGGAGUGACAGCGACAUGUCCUCAUCUCUGCCUUCUCAGAUCGAAACCUGCGCCCAGACUUCCGUCAGCCUUCCUACAGGGCAGCCUACUCCCCCCACCACCCCGGAGCCCGUCUCCUCCAGCGCCAGCUCCGCCAAGUCCUCCCCGAGAAAGAUGGGGAGGGAAAAGGGCAAGAAAUCAGUGGACAGGUACAGCGUGGAGUAUCGACAGAGACGAGAGAGGAAUAACAUUGCAGUGAGGAAAAGCAGGGACAAAGCCAAGAUGCGCAACUUGGAGAUGCAGCAGAAGCUGAUUGAACUGAGCUCAGAAAACGACAGACUUCACAAAACUAUCGAGCAGCUAACCAGGGAGCUCACCGGGCUUAGAGAUUUCUUUAAGCAGAUCCCCAACUCGUCCUUUCCGGGCUCCACGAGUGUAGAGAGCCGGUGACAGAUUCAUGAUUACUAUAUGAACUGAGUUUCAGGAGACAUACCUCAAAAGACUUUACUUCUUACCAUCUGUACCAGAUGUAUUUUAAGCUUACCAUAAUGGCACUGGAAAAUAUAUGAUGUUGCUGCCAUAUUUUUGUGGGAAUUUUCUCUAUUAAAUUAUUUUACCACUGCAUUUACAUGAUGUCAUAAUACCUGAUAUGGUACAUGUUUUAUAAUUCCACACUUUGUAUAAGAGCCAGAGCAUGAUCUUUUAUAUAGUUUGUAUGAAACAGUGAAAAUAUUUUGUUUAUGGAAUCUGUAAUAAAAUCGCUGAAAGGUGAAGACGCA